AUGACUUCCUCUCCCCCCAACCCCCGCUACUGCGCCGCCAUCCUCUCACAAUGGGACCCCCUCCUCGAAAAGCGCAAAGACAUCUUCCCCAUCUACACCGACAAACCCCUCUACGUCGGCCGCUCCAGCACAGACUGCCAAUAUACCCUCCCCAACCACACCAUCUCGCGCAAGCACCUACACAUCUACACGGUAACGGUCGACCCGGACAACCCCGAAGAAACCCCCCCGCUGGUCUAUGCCGAGGACAUCUCCUCCACGGGCACAUACUGGAACGGCUAUCCCAUGGCCGGCAAAGGCGGCUUCUUGCUGAGUGAUGGCGAUGUCCUCAGGCUUGCCGGUCAGGUUUAUCUCAGGUUUCGCUUGUUGAGUGCCUGCGCUAUUGGGGGCGAGUGGGAUGGGUUGGGGAGGAUUACGAGGGUGGAUGUUAAUGUAUACAUGGCGUAUGAAAAUGCGACGGGGAAGCAGCUCGCGUGCAAGAUUAUCGAUGUUCGGCCGUUGAGGGAUGCGGCGAUUCGAGAGAAUUUGGGCAACGUGAACGCGUACGCGGGGUCAGCGCUCGUGACGGGGAAACGGUAUGAGGGGUUCUGGAGGAAGCUGGAGGAGAAGUUGAGGGUUAUUAAGCGCGAGGUGCUCCUGUUGAAGGAUCUUUGUCAUCCGAAUAUUAUCAGUCUGGAGAAGGUGAUUCAGACUUCUUUUAAUAUAUAUCUCGUACAAGAACUGGUCCCGGGGGGGGAUCUAUUCUCGUAUAUCCAGUACAAGGGCGGAAAACUGAGCAAUAUCGAGGCUGCGGUAAUUGUUCGCCAGAUUCUCAUGGCCCUCAAAUACUUGCAUCGACGGAACAUCGUCCACCGGGACCUGAAACCGGAUAACAUCCUCAUGACAUCCCUAGCAGACGGGUGUCGUGUCGUGCUCAGUGACUUCGGCUGUGCCAUCCGCACCACUGGACGCAUGUCGACCAUGGUCGGCACCUUCGAAUACAGCGCACCAGAAGUCCUCACCUCCACUACAAACCGAGGCUACACCAAAUCCGUAGACCUAUGGUCUCUCGGAUGCGUGACCGCCGUCCUCCUCACCGGACGAACCUCGUGCGAGGACUCAUCCCGCACGUACGCCAUGGAAAUGGCCCAAGACCAAGGCCACGACAAGCUCGAGAGAAGCCUGCAACAGCAUAACGCGAACCGACGCGCCAGAAGCUUCGUGCACCGUCUUCUCGUCUACGACGAUAGGGGGCGCAUGACCGUCGAACAGGCUCUCUCGCAUUGCUGGUUCACUAACCCCGUCCACCAGGAGGAGUUCGAUAACCUGUACAGACGAUCUAUCCGUGACUGGAGUCCAUGUUACCCCGAUGAGCCGCUCAUUGUGGACCUUUCUAGUUCGACCGCCUCUCUGGAGACUUUAUCUGACCAGGAGACGGAGACGGAGACUGAAAAGGGCAAGGGCCAGCAAAAGGGCAAGGGCCAGCGGCGGACGAGGACGUUGCCCAUGGAACGGCUUCCCUCUGUGGAGUUGGGGGAUAUCUCCGAUGAGGAGGAUUUUCAUCUCUGA